AUGGUAGUCGUCCUAGUUGGGCCAGCAACAGCGUGGCGGCCGCGUCCUCCCACAGAAUCGGGGGGAGGUACAGAGCCUCCUCUCAACCUACUACUCGUAUGUCUCAACAUCGCAUUAAAGGAUUCGGUGUUUGUCGGUUGGUUGUUGGUGUUAGAAGUUGUAUUGGUACCGGCAUGUGGUUCUCCACUUGCAGGCGUGUUACCGGUAGAAGCCAUUACCUACUUUUCUUCUUAA